AUGAUCCAAAGCGGUGAUGCCCAGCCGCAGAUCGAAUCAUCUCCUUUCUACCAGGAUGGAGCGGACGGCACGGAAAAGACUUCUGCAAAUGUAUAUGCGGCCAAUGAAGAAGUCGCCCGUGAAGAGGCUUCCACCGCACAAACAAGCGAGAGAAAGCCUCUAAAUUUUUACCUCGCUUUUUUGGCCAUCAAUAUUGUUGUCUUUAUUUUUGCCCUUGAUUCUACCGGCCUCUCAGUGGCAAUACCGUCUAUUGCGGAGCAACUUCAUGGUACGACUCUUCAAUCAUUCUGGGCUGGCAUUGCCUUCCUCCUAGCCACUGUCGUCACACAACCGCUAUACACCAGCUUAUCCGAUAUUUAUGGCCGCAAAGGUCUAUUUCAAGUUGCCUUCUUCUUCUUUGCUGUUGGAUCUAUUGUCUUCGGGCUAGCACCUAAUAUGCCAGCGAUUAUCAGUGGACGCCUCCUCCAAGGCUUGGGAGGUGGAGGCUUGGAUGUCCUCGGCGAAAUCAUUGUCGCUGAUAUGACCGUGCUCAAGGAGCGACCGACGUAUCUUGGAAUUAUGGCUAUUCCGACUGCGGUGGGAAGCAUUCUCGGCCCAUCUCUUGGAGCACUCCUCUGUCAGUAUGCUUCUUGGAGAUGGAUUGGCUGGAUUAACCUUCCAUGCCUUGGUGUGGCGUAUCCUCUUGUGCUCUUUUGCCUCAAGCUAAAGAGGAUAGACAGCCCUUUGAUACAGAGGACGAAACAACUUGACUGGGUAGGCAUUGCUCUUUUUACAUCAUCUUGCACACUAUUCGUCUUGCCAUUAAGUUGGGCGGGCACGCUUUAUCCAUGGGGCUCAUGGAAGACUCUGUUUCCAUUCCUGAUUGGAGCCUUUGGCCUUAUCGUAUUCGCUUGGUACGAGUCCAAACCAUUGAUGCCCAUCAUUCCGCACCGCCUUUUCUAUCCACGAACUGCAUCGGCUACACUUAUCGGCACCUUUUUUCACGGAAUGAUACUCUUUUCCCUGAUGCAAUACCUUCCUUUCUUCUACCAAGCAGUCAAGAAUGAAACUCUCAUCCACUCUGCAUUGACUCUGCUUCCAACGAGUGUUGCUAGUGUUUUAGCCGCUGGGUCAUCGGCUGCAUUGGUCGGCCCUCUCAAGGGUUAUAGAUGGAGCAUCUGGAUCUCUUGGCUCCUUGUGACUCUUGGAACAGGACAACUGGCUCUACUAAGCGUAUCUUCAUCCAAGGCCAUGGGUUUCGGCAUUCCCAUUAUGUGGGGAUGGGGUGUCGGCGCUCUUCUACGGGUGCCUCAGCUCCCGAUUCAAGCUAGUGUGGCCAACAUUAAUGAUACUGGGUUUGUAAUUGGCCUCAUGAUGUUUCUUCGAUUGCUCGGUGGGCUCGUAGGGCUUGCUAUUAGCUCCUCCGUUUUCAGCAAUGUAUUUGAGCCAUCUAUUUCCAAAAUUAUCCCAUAUCUGCCAGCAGAGCUCCAACAACUCGGGGAUGCGAACAUGGCGAUUGGGUUUAUUCCAAAAUUAAGAACGCUUGAUAUACCGGCUGAAUCGCUCCUAGCCAUUCAAAAAACAUAUUCGGAAGCAUUCAGAGCCAUAUUCUUCGCCAUGACGGGAGCCUGUGUGUUAGGUUUCCUGAGUUCUCUAGGCACAGAAGAGUUGACUCUCGACAAGGAAGAACGCGGCCAGCAGCAAUUUGAUUCCACUUAA